AAAAGACUUUAUUCCCCAAAAAUAUCAUCAAUGAACUCUCAAGAAAUCCAACAAUCAAACGCUACACAAAUCCAAAGUGUUGAGAUAUCAAUACAAAACCUCAUUAAAAGUUGGGACAAAAGGCAAAGAUGGAAUUUCUUUGUCAUGAAUCCAACACAAGAACCAACCAAGCAACAAUGGAGAACAAAUUUAACCAAGUUUUUAGAAUCCAUACCCCUUAGGAUUUUCACAAUUGUGUUACUCAUAAUCGACCUAGUCUUCACAAGUCUUGAGCUCUCCUCCUCUUUGAUUUCCUGUCCACAAAAUCGGAAUGUGAAAAAUCAAGAAACAGAAGAGGUUUGGUACCAUUGGGCAGGUAUAGGGAUCUUGGGAUUGUUGUUUCUGAAAAAUGUAGGCCUUGUUGUAGGUCUAGGAGGCGCGUUUUUUCGGAGGCCAGGGUACGUGCUUGAUGGCAUAGUGGUUAUGGUGGCAUUAUUUUUGGAAGCUUAUUUGGAGAAAAAGGGAGGAGGAUUACUUGCUGUUGUUAGCUUAUGGAGAGUUGUUAGAGUUGUUGAAAGUGCUUUUGAGCUAAGUGAUGAGGCAAUUGAAGCACAAAUUGAAGAGAUUGUUUGCCAAUUUGAAGAAUUGAAAGAGGAAAAUAGAAGAUUGAUGGACAAUGUAGUUGAGAAAGAUAAGGAAAUUGAGAUACUUCAAGAAGAGUUGGAUCAAUACAAAACUCAACUUACUAGAGAUACAACUAGAAAUUUAUCCUGUUCUUAGAUAUAUUUUAAAAAAAAAUUAUUUCUCUGUUAUUUAUUUUUUGUGAUUUUCCCUAAUUCAAUGUG